CAAAACUUUUUAUCCUGAUCAAAACCUCUAUCAACACUUAAUUGGAGUUUAAUGUAUUAAAAUCUUAAGAGAGAAUAAAGGAAUCCUGCUUUGACAGGUUAAAAGUGCUUAAAGGUACAGCUAAAUCAGCUGAUCUAUCUCUUCCUUGCACCCGUUCAAUUCUCCGUGUGUCUUCAUUUAAGCCAAUAAAACCAACAGAUAUGUCAGCUGCUCUGUAGUCCACCUGCUGACAUCUGCUGUGUCCCUCUGCCUUCUGCUGUUUCUAUUUAAAGACACGUGAUCUACUUUACAUCAUUAAAAAUAUCGCUUUGUAAAGGGUUCUCGCAGGGUAAAACGAGAAUAUAUGUAGCGCGUUUUGGAACUCUUGUCCCUCAGCGGACACCAUCGGAUAUCAGUGUUUUAAAAACACUGCUGUUCCAAUCAAUACUUUAAGAUUAGCAUGCGUUUCAUAAAGCAUAUGUUUACGUGCGUUGAUGAGAUAGUAAACUUUGGAUAUGUCUGUCUUGCGCCGAGCUAAAACUUGGGAAAUAUCUGAAUCUGAGGAGGAAACAGACGCCGAGACAAAACUCGUUUUAAACACCAGUCAAGCAGUGACAACAAAGGUCAGCACAGACUCGAAAGAAGAUCCGAGUUCAGACCGCGAGUGUAAACCCUCGUCAGCAACGAAAAGCGAGACUAGUCAAACUUCUGCUUUGCCUCCUCCUCCGCGGCCGCACGGGUCCGGCACGCCGAGUCCUGCGAGAAAACGCCGCACCAAGGAGGAGAUAGAGGCGGACAGAGAGAAAGCCAGGGAGAGGAGGGAGGAGAGAGAGAGGCAGAGAGCAGUCAGAGCCAGGGAGAAGGAGGAGAGGAGACGGGAACAGCAGAGGAGGAGAGAAGCUGCGGAGAACCUCAAGAGUCUGAGGCCGGAGAACUGCCUCAGGUGUCUGACUGUCUGCGUUGACCCAGCUCUUCUGCAACAGGAUGGCUCAGACAUCCUGCUGGACACCCUGGCUGCCUUUGAGUGGAGGAUUAGCAUAGAGAGCCAACAGCUUCCUAACAGCGUCACCUGGACCAGAGAUUUACCUCAGCAGGGGGAUGAUGGCAUUGGCUCAGUGGAGGAAGAGCAUGUGGUGCUGGUGCUGGGUCUGACUGACUUCAUGGACAUGGUGGUCUCUGUGAAGACAGUAAGCAGCCUUUCAUGUUGUAAUAGAUUAGCUCCGAUGGCAGCCCACAUGAUGGACUCUAUUGAUUUAGACUUUGUUGUUGCUCCAUGUGCUCUGCAGUACUGUGUUUUGUCGCCACUGCAGAUGUUAGACAGCGACGGGGAGGAGACAGGGGUGGGCUCUUUUCUCAGUCCUCUCUUGGAGUGUCUCAACCGUGAUGCCAAGAAGGUUGUCACUCUCUUAGUGACAGACUCUCAGCCAGAUUACAGUGGGACAGGUGCUUUUGGUGUGCAGGCCAAACAGGGAAUGGAGAAUAUGGACAUUGAAGAGGUUCUUGUUUACCUGCAGCUCUGUAAGAAUAUCUCACUGGUCUUCCUGGAUGGCUGGCAGGAGGUCACUAAUCAUGUGUGUGCUGUCACCAAGGCCUUAUCAAAACGCCCUUUCAAACUCCUGACAGAACGAGCAGAGCUGCCCUUCUGCGUGGACGGUUCGUGGGCCAGCGGGGCUCGGGUAGAGAGGGACGGCUCGGGGCUGAUCCAGGUCUGGAGCAAACAGAUCCAACAGCUGAACAGAGUUAGCCCUGCUGUGGCCUCCUCUGUGACUGCCGCCUAUCCAUCUCCUCAGCUGCUGCUGCAGGCGUACCAGAGCUUGGAGUCAGAGGAGGAGAGGAAGGGGCUGCUGGCUGGUCUCGUAGUGAAAAGCGGAGGCAAAGAGAGACGAAUAGGACCUGAAAUAUCAGCCAGAGUUUACCGCUGCUUCACAGCCCAGAACCCCCAGCUGGUCCUGGACUGAUUCGUCCACUGUGAGAAUGAAAUGGAUGGGUGAUCAGUGAGGAUUCAUGUCUAGUUUCUAAUGACACUGUGUCACCACUUGGCUGCUAAUAUGUAAAUGUUGACGGCUACAAGCUAAAAAUAUGCCUUAGAGAUCAUGUUCCCCUGCACGUAAAACACUUUCUAUACUCAUCUGAACCUCAGCAGAUUCAAGGAAUGAAUAUGUUAACAGAAUAUAUUUUGUAAAAUAAAGAAUUAUAAGAUCUGUAUUAUUUAUUAAGAUAUUCUCUUCUCUUCCUGUGCUGUGCUGUCAAACUGCAUGAUAUUAUUUGUAUGAACUACUGCUAUAAAAAUGAGCUGCAAUAGAACUUUUCUUUUUUUAUUUUAUAGAAUUGCCUGAGUAAGAAAGUUCAUAAACAAAGCAUAAAUGUACAAAGAAAAAAACACAGACGAGUAGCAAAUCCUCUUUUAAGCAAGAACACAAUAGCUGUUGAUAUUUAAGACAAAAGCUGAUUACAAAACACAUUUCCAAAAAGUUAUUUCCAUAGUAUCAAAAAGCAACCCCUUUCCUCCCUGGAGUCUAUCCCUGAGAAUGACAAGUGUGCACUUUCACAAGCCAGUGUGUGGUGUGUAUUUUUCUUUUUCUUUUUUUUUAGUCUAAUGUGGCAAAUAUUAG